ACCAGGAAUCUGCUCUGUGUCAUCUUCUUAUCAUUAGACUGUGGCCGCAUGUUUGCUCUAGAAAGGAAACGCUUUCAAUGAGAGGAUUCUGCUGUUCGAUCACAAACCAUAAAAUGAGCGUUUCUCCUCACACACAUCGUUGGAAAUGCCCCUGAUGAGGACGCUGCAUGGGGAAAUUCACCGAUCAACGCAAGCAGGAGCUGUGGGGGCAGUUUCUCAACGUGAAUGACAAGGUCUUCAAGCAUCGAAAGAAGCUUGAUCUUAAAUUUGAUGGAUCAAUCAGCACAAACGGGUAUUCCGCCACCAUCCACUUCAAGAAGCCAGGGCUCAAGUAUGGGCAUCGGGCCCGGAAGCGCAGCAAGGCCCAGAUGCGGGAAGAAGUCAAGCAGCUGUAUUUUGAGCACCACAUCGCCGAACUACGGGAGGCUCCAAACAUCGUCAGCAUUGAUCCGGGCAAGCGUGACCUCUUGUUCUGUCGAGACAUCAAGAAGGAGCGGCCAUUUAGAUACACAUCCAAUCAACGGGCGGUCGAGACAAAGUCUCGGUACUUUCGGAGAGACAUGACGGAGCGAAAGAUCAAUGCCGGCAUCGCAGAGAUGGAAUCACAUAUUCCAUCGCACAAGAGCAUGAACAUCGAGGCGUUCUGAGCGUUCAUUGUGCAUUACAAACAUGCGGAUCCCGCCCUGGAUGAGUUUUACCAGGAUGAGAUUCACGUAGCUCGCAGAUUCAAGGCGUUCUCACUGCGGCAAAAAUCUGAGAGCAAGCUCAUCAAAAACAUG